GAUAUAAACCCAAGUUUAUUAUUUGAACAAAUCGAUAAAAAAUUUGUUCUUCCGAAUAAGAAUAAAAACAUCAAUCUUUGAGAAUUCAUAUCAUAUAGUUCAUACUUCCUUAGCAUUAUACCCCAUAAUCUUUUAAUAGAAAAAACCGGAUUCUAUCAUGCCAACCAACGACCUUUACAACUUUACUAUAUUCUUAAUUCAUACAAUUAUAGCUCUUAUUCAGGAAAUUAAAGAUAAAAAUAGCCAAUGUCUAAUAAUAGACGAGGAAAGGCAAGCUAUAAAGCGAUCAGAAACUUGAAUCUUUGAAACAUCCCAUUCCAAUCCCACAAAUUAGGAAGACAAAAAGAGCUUCCUGAUAUUGGGAUUGAAAUGGCAGGGUUUCAAUCUCUUUCAAUAGCAUUUUUGGUGUGUGUGAUUGUGUCUAAUCACAUGGUAGUUGAUGCCAUGACGUCAAAAAACAUGGCCCUAUUCUGGGGAAAUAGUCAGUCCAAAAUAGAAGGGGAUGACCUUCAGCUUGUUCUGGACCAAAGCUCAGGCUCGGGAGCAAAGUCAAAGAGAUAUUUCAUUUUCGGAAGCUUUGAAGCUCAGAUCAAGUUCGUUCCAGGAGAUUCUGCAGGAUUAGUAACGGCAUUUUAUCUAUCUUCUGAAGGUAGCCAUCAUGAUGAGGUAGACUUUGAGUUCUUGGGGAAUGCCACCGGAGAGCCUUAUACCAUUCACACAAACAUAUUCGUUCAGGGUGUGGGAGACAGAGAACAGCAGUUUCGACCGUGGUUCGACCCCACUGCUGAUUUCCACAACUACACAAUUCACUGGAAUCCUAAUGCUGUUGUGUGGUAUAUUGAUGGUAUUCCAAUUAGAAUUUUCCGGAACUACGAGAACGCCCCGAAGCUAAAAACAGCCUUCCCUAACAAGCAAGGUAUGAGGUUAUAUACCAGUUUGUGGAAUGCACAGGAUUGGGCAACUCAAGGAGGGCGUGUGAAAACCAACUGGGCCAGCGCACCGUUCACGGCUAGCUUUCGCCGCUUUAGGCCAAGAGCUUGUCCCUGGAAUGGAGCGCUCAGCAUUAGCCAAUGUGCCUCCAACUCCCCAACAAACUGGUGGACUUCUCCAAUUCAUGCACAGCUAAGUGCUUCUCAGUCGACCAAGCUUAGGGAAAUCCGCGAGAAAUACAUGAUCUAUGAUUACUGCUUAGACCCUACACGUAGACCCAACGGGGUACUGCCACCAGAAUGCUAA